AUGAAGGAUUCUUCAUCAUGUUUCACUGAUUCUUCUUCCUUUUCUGUUCCAAACACUUUUAUAGGAAUUGUUCUUCUCAACUCCAAAAUCAGAUCUUCAUCUUCCUGUAACAACAGCACUCUUCUCUUUACUCGUUCUCAGCUUCUUAGAGACUUCGCAGCAAGAGAAUUUAAUGCUUUUCUAUGGCUUUUUCUUCUUGUUAUCACUUCUCUUUUGCUUACAAGACUCUUCAAUGUUUUCACUUUGUUGUAUAAAGCUAGAACCAUUCCUGGACCUCCAGCUUCAUCGUUUUUUGGACAUUUCAAGCUUCUUUCUGAAGAAAAUUUUACUGAUGUGUUAUCGAAAUCUCACGAGAAGUAUGGACCGGUUGUUAAGCUGUGGUUAGGUCCUACUAAGCUUCUUGUAUCAGUUAAAGAUCCAGUGCUAAUUCAAGAGAUGCUCAUAAAAGCUGAGGAUAAGUUGCCUGCCGGAAAAGCAUUUCGUUUAGCGUUUGGUCAAUCAAGCCUUUUUUCUCCUUCGUAUGAAAAGGUUCAAAAGAGAAGAGAAUUAUUGGAAACAGAAUUGAACGAAAGUUUGAUGAAAACGGCUGAUCUGAAUCAUCGAAAGGUUGCAGACUUUAUCGUAGAUCAAAUAGAAAACAUCAGAGUCAGAGGAAGCGUUAGUCGUGAGCUGGUUUCUCAGCAUAUGGCUUUCAAAUUAAUGGGAGUCACAUUCUUCGGAGACGGCUUCUUGACAUGGCCGAAGGCUGCAAUAUAUGAAGAACUGCUUAUGAUGAUUGCUAAAGAUGCUUUCUUUUGGGCUUCCUAUAAUGUUACUCCGUUUUGGAAUCGAGGAUUUUGGAGAUAUCGACGGUUAUGUAAAAAGUUAAUAUGCUUAACUGAAGGCAUUCUUCAUUGCAGAAAGUGCUACGAGAUUUUAGACCAUAUCGAUCAGAAUGUUCGUAGUGAGAGUUCCAACCCAGAAACAAAAUCAGCAAAUGAUCAGCAAAAUUCUAAGGAAGAACAUUACGGCAACAUCAUGCGUGUGAUGCUUCAUGGAUCUCAAACUACAGCUGCUUUAAUCGCCAACGUGUUGACUAAUCUUAUCAUGAACUCGGAAAUACAGGAUAAGGUUUAUUCGGAGAUUAGCAUGGCCGGGAGAAACCCUUCAAAAUACGAGCAUGAAGAUGUUUAUAGGAUGCCUUUGCUAUUGGCUACAAUUUAUGAAUCUGCACGUCUUCUCCCCACCGGUCCCAUGCUUCAGAGGUGUUCUACGAAACAAGACUUGAGAUUCGCAAAUGGUGUAAGAAUACCUGCUGGAACUGUACUCGUCGUUCCGGUUCAAUUAGUACAAAAAGAUGACUUCAAUUGGGGGAAAAAUGCAAGUGAUUUUAAUCCGUACCGGUUUCUGUCAAACGUUACAGAACGAUCAGGUUCUGAAGAACAACUUGAUUAUAAAAUCAACUCGUUUGUACUAAACGAUCCAAGCGAAAAUGCAUCAUUUCUUCCUUUUGAAUCCGGUAAACGUUCUUGCGUUGGGCAGAAAUUUGUUAUCCAAGCCGUUGCCACAUUGUUGGCAUCAUUACUCAAGAAAUAUGAGGUUUGUCCUGUGAAUAAUUUUCUCGCUCAUGCUUCUUCUAUUACGAGAGAAAGACACGAAAACAAUCGAUAUCAUAAAGUUACAGAUAAAGAUAACAAUUAUUUUUGGACCUAUAUACAGAUAAGGUUCAACUCGGACUCAGAUGGUAACUCGGAACCGUUGCAAAAUCUUCCUCUUCAGCAUCAUCCUAAUUCAGAAAUACUAUUUGUGAGAAGGAACCAGUGA